CUCCUACGUACUUCCCGCUCAUUUGAACUUCGAGAUUGUUUGGUGAUUGUCUCUCCUGGAUCCAAUUCACCGCAAUUCACCAAAAAAUGCGGAGGUCGUCUUUGAAGAUGCCAUUCGAUCCAGUUAAUGAUAGUGCAGCGGAGACUACUUUAUCAACUAAAAAUUUAAAUAGAAGAGUUUCAUUUUCUCAGUACAUACAUGUUUGGAAUCAGGACAGUGAAGGGGAAUCAGAAAUCUGUGUCAAAAAUCGUAUUAUUUCAGAUAUAUCUAUGGAGGAUGAUUUCGAGACAACAACAGGUAAUACUCGUAAGGAUGACAACACUGUUGGAGGUGUUACAUCGAUUCAUGAUGUUUCAAUGGAAGCAGUCACGUAUACUUCUUCUUGUCACAUAGUUGAUCGAUUAUCAACUAAUAGUCGUAGUGAGGAUGGUCAACAACAGAUGGUAACUAUGGAGAUUGAAGAAGGCGGCAAUGAUGAAGAAGGCAGUCAAGUUAGCAUGAAGUUAUCGCCAGACUGUAAUCCAGAGGAUGAAAUGAUGAUUGUUGAAAAUACAUUAGAUAUCAAAACUAAUGAUGCUUUACCUAAAUGUGAUGCAUCAGACAUGGAGGUUCAAAAUGACGGUGUCUCUGCUUUGCCAACCACUGAUGUCGAUGAUAUGUCUGUAGUUGUAAGCAGUGACGAGAUUGUUUGUAAUUUACCCGAAAAACAUGAUACUACUACUACUACUCAUUCACCACAGGAUAAACUCUCAAAUAUUACACCUGUGGCAAAUAGAGGAGACACAGAGACAAAACAGAAGAAAAUGCAUACACCUCAUGUAUUAUCACCGCUCGCUGAUGCAGUACUGACUGAUGUAGUGAAACCAUUAUCAUCACGUAGAAUAACUACAGUAUUAGAAAUACCUCUUGUCAACUUGGAUUUGACGCCUUCACUACUAAAUUCAAAAAGGCGACGUUUUAAUAAUCUACAAUCGACUAUGCUGAAAACACCGCAAUCAUCUAAUCCUGAGAAAGUCACAUUUAUCAGUUUGAUUAAUACACCAUUACGUCAAGCUGAUAUCAAUGAAAGAGAAAGUCGAAUUGGUGAUAGAAAUGGUGGAGUUAUGUUAUCCCUUGUAAAGAAGGUCAAUCCUUUCAGAAAUCUAAGAGAUAAUGAAGAAUACAGGCCGGAAAAACUUAUCUCCAACAGUAGAAGGCUACACUAUCAGUUUCACAAGCAGUUAGCAAAGUGUCAACUUGAACCUGUUGUUGAUGUUGCUGCAUUCGAGUUUUCUAACAUUAAGAGUAUUUUCGAUUUCAUGCGUGAAAAUUCCGACAGUAACUGGGACCUACAAGGUGUAAAUCAGACAACAUUUUCAUUAACCGAUACAACAAAAUAUGGAUUGGAUGAAUACUUACAAUUACAACAAAGUCAAAACUUAAAUCUAUAUGAUAGAUUAGCUGUACGACGAUAUAUUGUUGAAAGAGAUAAUAUGGAACGAUUCCACUAUUGGAAACUGCUAAAUCGAGAAAGAAUUGGCACUGUAUCAAUUUCACCUCAAUUGAAUGUAGUCUUGAAAAGAAUAUCUGAAAUGAACACUGAUCAGAGUUUAGAAUUUAUGGCUGGUUUACAUCAACGGUUGCAUAAUUGUUUUAAAUUAGCUAAACAGGAAUGCUAUCAAAUUAUAGAUGAAAAUAUGGCUGCUCGUAAUUCAGAACUAAAGUUUGAGAUUGAAAAUCUGAAAGUGAUACAUAAUACAAUUGAAGAAAAACUAAAGAAAAGAGAAGAUAAAUACAACAAACUACAGAAAAAAAUCAAAGAUUUACAAAAACUGGAAAAGUAUGCUAAAGAAUUGCGUCAAAAAUUGAAUGAAACCAAUCAAAAGAUAAUAGAUGCAAAAAAUCGUCAAACUCAACUACGUCAGUCAAAUAACCAACUCUUACAAGAGAAAGAAUCAUUAGAAGUAAAGUUAAAAGAAUAUCAAGAAGUGAAACGAGCUAAUAAUAACAAACGGUAUAAUUCAAGACUUUUAUUCAAUAGAAGUGUCGGCUGUACAGAAUUAUUCCCUAUCCCAAUAACGCUACCAUCAUCAUCACCUCAUGAUCGAAAUGAUUGUAGAUUAGGUGGUGGGAAGAAUUACAACAUCAACAACAACAGAAAUAAAUAUGGGAAUGCUAUAGGUGAUAUGCGUGAUUUCUCUUUUAAAGAAGAAAUUGUGAACUUACUUGCGCCGUCUCGUAUUACAUUGAAGUCAUCUAAAAAUCAUAUUUAUGAAUUGACAACAUUAUUGGGAUUAGUGAAUUUUAUUUUAACCUGUCAAGUAUGCGAAAUCCCCCCUCCUCCAUCUCCUUUUCAUACUUUUAAUCAUGUUGGCGAUGAGCAAAAUUUACUCAGUCUAAAACACUUGAAGGUAACAAAGUUGCAAGUUGCUUCUCCAGAUGAUGUUGAUUGCCCAGUAGAAUGUCCACCUGUUGAAUCUGUAGCCCGUGUUUGUAUUGACUACUUGAGUACUCAAGGAUCAGAUGAACUAAGAAAUCUAUGUAUUGGUUUAACAUUGGAUCAGGCGAUUAGACAAAUUCAAUUCAUCAUUACACCAUAUAUGGUGUUGGCGGCUGAUCUACGUCAUUUAUGGUUGGCUAGAUAUGAUGUCGUCUUUUCAGUGAUCUCGCUCAAUGACCAAUUGUUUAGUGGUAUGUGUGUCACACCGAAAAAUCUGCGAAAAUUAUUUGAACAAACAUCACGUUCUACACUCCGUCGAUCGCAGAUAUUACAUUCAUCACGAAGAACACCAUUUAAACAACAACAACAACAACAAAGACAACAACAGUAUCAUCAAUCAUUGACCAGCGUUAUUGAUAAUAGUAUUACUACUGGUGAAGUGCCGAAAUCGCUAACUAUAUUCCAACCAAUCACUCCUCCAGGACCAUUUAAUAUUACUGUAACAAUGUCUAGACGGAGAUUUCGCCUUCGUGUAUGCUUUACUCUGUUUUCUUUGGAUUUCUGUACACCGGAUGAUCAAGCAUCUGUUGAAUUUGAAACAUUACGUGGAAAUUUAUGCUGUGAAAAACUCAAUGACCAUUUUCACACGUGUAAACCAAUGUCUGGACAUUUGUCUACUAUCAUGUCAGAAAUUGAAUCAUUUCUAUCAGCACAAAAAUAAUAAUAAUAAUGAUAAACUUGUAUCUAAUGCUAAUAUACAUAAAUUUAUAACUUUAUUGUAAUAUAUAUAUGUAAAUAGAUAAUUCCCCUUCAAUGGAAUAAUAUAUAUUGUAUAUGAGUUUAUAUGUAUAUACGUUUGUGUAUAUAUAUUUUAAGAGAAGCAUAAUUAUAC